AAGCAUGGCGGACGAAAAACUUGUUUCACCUGUUGGCAGAACAUUAUUCAUCAGAAAUCUGCCUCUAACAACCUCAAAUGAAAAGUUAGAGGACAUAUUUGGGAACAUUGGACCAUUGAAAAAAUGUUUCGUGGUGAAAGAGAAGGGUAAAGACAUCUGUAAGGGAUAUGGUUACGUCACCUUCUCUUUACAGGAUGACGCCAACAAAGCAAAGACCAAUGUCAAAAUCGUCGGAGGUCGAAAAGUUCAGAUUGACUUUGCAGACAAGAAGUCUAAACGGAAACAGCAAAUCAAGAAAGAGAAAAAACCGGUGAAAUCGGCCCUUGAUUCAAGUGAUGAUGAAGAGAUAGUGUUGAAGGAUGCAGUGAAAUCAUUGGAAGAGAAGAGCCCUGAGGGGACAGCGGAGAAAUGUGCUUUGCCCGAGGAUGUGCAGGCAGCGUCACAGGGCAACAGGCGGAAAGUUGGCAUUUUAGAUAUGUCUGAUCUGCCAAAAGGUGUCAGGAGAGCUGACUUGGAUGUCUAUUUGAAAGGAACAAACAAACAUAUGCUGAACUUGAAGUUUCCAAUCAAAGGUCAAGAGGGUAGAGCCAGUGUGAUGUUUACAAACAAAGCUACAGCAAUGAAUGCACUCAUGUUAAUUAAAAAAAGGACACUAAAAGGUCGUAAAUUGAAGAUAGAUAUCAAAACACAAGCUCCAGUUGUAAAUUUGAAGAAAGCCAAGUUAAUUGUUCGGAACCUGUCCUUUCAGUGCAAUGAAGAAAAUCUAAGACAGGUGUUUUCAAAGUUUGGAGAGAUUGCUGAAGCCAUCAUACCAUUGAGAGCUGAUGGCCGAAAAAUAGGUUGUGGGUUUGUCCAGUUUAUGCGAAUGAGUGAUGCUGCUACUGCCACGAAGGAGAUGAACGCCAAGGAAAUCCUGGGCCGUCCUGUUGCGGUUGAUUGGGCCCUGGAUAGGGAGAAAUAUACAACACUGUCGGGUGCGAAUACAGCCAAAGUACAAGACGCCCCUCCAAGAGAUGUCACGUCAAAGACCCAGGAAUCGGUGAGCGACAGUGAUGAGUCAGAAUCUUCUGAAGAGGUACCUGUCCAUAAGAAACGGCACAAAGCGAGGCUGGCAGAUACAAAGAUACAGACUGAGUCUGAAUCAAGUGAUGAAAGUGAAGAUGACAUUAGUGAUGAUGAUGAUGAUGAUGAUGACGUCAGUGAUGAUGAUGAUGAUGAUGAGGGUACAGCGAGUGAUGCCAAUGACGAUAGUGAAAGCGAUAGUGACGACGAUCAUGAUGAUGACGAUGAUGAUGAUGAAGAUGACGAUGAGGAUGACCUUUCGUCUGAUGAGGAUGAAAUGCCCAAGACGAAAAAGAAAAAGUUGGAUGGCCCUAAACUUGCCGGCAAGAAUGUAUUGGAUGAGAAGAAGACAGUGUUCAUUCGGAAUAUUUCCUUUGAUACUGAAGAAGAAGAACUGCAGGAAUACCUAGGACAGUUUGGCGAGAUCGAGUAUUGUCGUAUUGUUACAGAUCCGAACACAGAACAUUCAAAAGGUACUGCAUUUGUUAAAUUCACUGCCGAGGAAAGUGCGGCAAACUGUUUAGAGAAGGCCAAUGAGGUGGCAUUGAGAGGUGAUAGUGGGCUGGUGUUGGACAAGCGGAAACUCUUCGUUAUCCCCGCAUUGUCACGAGAGAAGGCCGAGGAGUUACGCCAGCCAAGGAAGAAAGAGAAGGAGGACCGGCGCAAUCUUUACCUCGUCAGAGAAGGAAUGAUUAGGCCGGGUACUGCUGCUGCUGAAGGUCUUUCAAAAGCUGACUUAGCAAAAAGAAUGAAGGUUGAAAAUGUAAAACGCCAGAAGUUGAAAGAUGGGAAUGUCUUUGUUUCGAAGACUCGUCUCUGUGUUCGUAACAUCCCUCCAACUGUCGAUGACCAGGCAUUACGGAAAGUCUACAUGAAAUCUGUCGACAAUAGAAAUGCUAAAAUAACAGAGUGUCGUAUCAUGAGAGACAUGGGAAACGUUAAUGCCAAAGGGAAGUCGAAGUCUCGAGGUUAUGCAUUUGUGGAGUUUACUCAACAUGAACAUGCUCUGAAGGCGCUGAGGAACACCAACAAUAAUCCUGAGAUGUUUGGAGAAAAUAAGCGAUUGAUUGUUGAAUUCUCGCUAGAAAACAAACGAGCCUUGGAGAUGAAACAAAAGAGAAUAGAGCGGGGCAAGAUGAAAGAGGCCAUCUUGAAAGGAGGGGAGGCAAACAAAUCAAGAUACGAGAAGCAAGCAACGCCACCACAAGGCUCUAAAGAAAUCCAAACACAAGCCAUGUCAGGGGUUGAGGCCAAGAAGGGUGUGAAAGGCCUACCAUCACAUUGGGGGCCCAAGAUACGGCAUAAACCGAGAGGCAAUAUCAAACCAGGAAACAAACCAAAGGGGAAACUCAGUCGGGAGAAGGCGCAGAAAAGGAAGGGGCCUGAAAUUGAACUGGCUCAAUCCGGGGGCCCUACGCCUGCCAAGAAGAAGAGAACUAGGACAAGGAAACCGCAGAAACGAGAACAGUCUGAUGACUUUGACAGCUUGGUAAACAAGUACAAGCAGAAGAUAAUGGGAAAAGCUGGCAAACGUGGAACCUGGGGGGACUAGGUGAUGGUGGUGAAGGUUGGACAAGGACUUGAGUUACUGUGGAUGAGCUGUGGUCCCUUGAGAAGCUGGUGGCACAAACUCAUGAAAUGUUAUCAAAUGAUCAAGUUUCCAAUUUGUUGUGCAAAGAUGACAGUAAUGACAACUAUUGAUAUUCAACAUAUUGAUGGAAUCAGAAGUGCUUAAAUUAUUUUCUCACAAAUGAAAUUAGUGCCAGACAAUUGGUUUAGAGAUUGCUUGGUGGCUGGUGUGAAGGUGUUUAUUAGUUUGUUGAGAAUGCAGUCUGUGGGUUGAACUGUCAGCCCUACAAGCAGAAGCAAUUAAAGGAUUUCCAUGGUAACAACAGGCUGAAAUCUGAAAAAAAUCAAUGUACAAUGUAUGUGGAAACACUGGUACUUUAUAUCAGUCUUAAAUGAAAUGAAGCAUCAUUCAAAAAUAACGAUAUAUCCACAAUAUUCUGCUCUGCAGGCAGAUUUGCUAUGCAUUGAUGUACCUCGAUUGGUCCAGUCAUAAAAUAAACAACGUUUUGUUUUA